AUGGCACUCAAUUCACUAUGGGCACGAAUAAGAGGUAGCGCAGCCGGAGGCACACCAAGCUUCUCUCGAACCACGGCGCUGAACCUCAUCGGCUUUGCGACGUGGAUACCGGUGAUUGCGUGGUUCAACCUGCACGUGGCUGAGCUGACGGUUGUGGACGGGUCGUCAAUGUAUCCGUUUAUGAAUGCGGAUAGGGAUUCGUCGCUGCGGAGAGACGUCGUGUUGAACUACAAGUGGUCGCCGCAGGAGGAUUUGCAGAGAGGGAUGAUAGUGACGUUGAGGAGUCCAUUUCAUCCCGAGGUGAUUGCCGUCAAGAGGGUUGUCGCCCUAGAAGGCGAUGUCAUCAAGACAAAGAAGCCAUAUCCCGUUCCAACGGUCAGGAUACCCCAGGGACACGUCUGGGUGGAGGGCGAUGGUCCGCCAGGCUCAAGUCUGGACAGCAACACCAUUGGAUUGGAUCGAUAUAGCAUGUUUGGGACUCAACGUCAUGGCUCGUUGACCGAAGCAAAACCCCGUCAAUUCACCGGUCACGCCACAGCGGAUCAGCACGUGUGGCGCAGUCUAGCACCCAAAGCCGCCUAUCAGGAGGCUCAGGGCAAAAAGUUCUCAGCGAAGCGUUCGGGAGCCCACGCGACCGCCCAAGGCAUCGAGACCCUUGGAAAAGAGGCUUUGCCGUUGAAUUCGACCUUUUCACCAUAG